AUGGAACCAUUCACUCUUGAUUAUUUAACGAAGAAGGAAUCCGAUCAACUGGACAUGGACACGUCUAACAAGUCUCAAUACGAAUACGAACUCGUCGGUGUAUUAGUACACACUAGCACCGACAUUACUAUUAUCAAAGAACGCAAGCCAGCACCUGGCGAUCCGUCAACAGAAAGACGAUGGUAUCAGUUCAAUGAUUCUAAUGUGGAAUUGUUUGAUGCGAAGGACAUUCCUAAACAGUGUUAUGGCGGACCAGAACAGAUUACCAAAUGGGAUACCAAUCUACAGAAGUGUUACUCGAACAUUUCCAAGACCGUAUAG